AUGUGGUCCAGUCUACUCCUUCUGGGAGGCGUCUCUAUGAGCAUUGCCAAUCCAAUUGCUCGACAAGAUGCCAAUCCCCCAUACAGAAACAAGACUCUGUGUCUCGACAAGCGUGUCGAUGACCUCAUGUCGCGCAUGUCCCUCGAAGACAAGGCCGGACAGAUGUUCCACGGCCGCACUGUCGUUGUCAAUAAUACUUUUGACGAGACUAUUGAAGAAUUUGUUACCGGAAAGCGCAUUACUCACUACGUUCUGAGUGGGGGCGUGAACGAUGUUCGGGGCGUGGCCGCAUGGCACAACAAGCUUCAAAGACUGGCAUUGAGUACGCCUCUGGGUAUUCCCAUCACCAUUUCUUCAGAUCCUCAACAUGGCUGGGUUAACGACGAGGCCGUGAGCGUUGUAGCGAAGGGUUUCUCUAGGUGGACUGAGCCUCUUGGCCUCGCCGCUAUCCAGUCACCCGAGCUUAUCCGUACGUUUGCUGAGAUUGCUCGUGAGGAGUAUACCGCUGUUGGAAUUCGACAGGCUCUGCAUCCUCAGGUUGAUCUUGCUACUGAGCCUCGUUGGGGUCGUAUUACUGGUACAAUGGGAGAGGAUGCCAACUUGACAAGUGCGCUGCUGGUCGAGUAUAUCAAAGGAUUCCAGGGGGACAAGAUCGGUCCCAACUCAGUAAUAGCGACUACCAAGCACUUUCCCGGGGGUGGAAGUAUGGAGAACGGCGAGGAUUCGCACUUCCCUUGGGGGAAGAACCAGACUUACCCAGGUAACAACCAAGACUACCAUUUAAUCCCUUUUAGAGCAGCUAUCGCUGCUGGCACAAGGCAGAUGAUGCCCUACUACUCUCGUCCUAUCAAUACGUCGUGGGAAGAAGUAGCCUUUGGCUUCAACAAGGGCGUUGUCACUGAUCUGCUCAAGAAUGAGCUCGGCUUCAAGGGUAUCGUUGUCACAGACUGGGGCAUCGUUACUACCCGUUUCUGGGGCCUGGAGGACAAGACUGAGCUUGAGCGUGCUCGUCGUGUGCUUGAAGCUGGAUGUGAUAUCUUCGGCGGCGAGACAAAGCCCGAGCUUAUCAUCGAACUUGUCAACAAGGGCCUUGUAUCUGAAGCUCGAAUCGAUGAGUCUGUUCGUAAACUGAUGAGGGAGAAGUUCGAGCUAGGUCUCUUUGACAACCCUUUCGUCGAUGUUGAGAGAGCUGUCCGCAUUGCUGGAAAUGACUAUUUCAGCCGCCUUGGAAACGAGACACAACGUCGUGCUUUUACUCUUCUUACCAACAAGGACGACAUCCUACCUCUUCCUCUCGCCGCUCUCGACGCCAAAUUUUACAUUGAGGGCAUUGAACCCGAGGCUCUGAAGGCCCGCAAUCUCACAGUCGUCGACGAGCCUGAGGACGCUGACUACGCAUUCCUCCGCAUCGCAUCACCCUUCAAGCCUACUACAGCACCCGGACUUCCCCAGACCAUCAACAAUGGCAGCAUCGAGUUUAACACGACUGAGAAGGCUCGCCAGGCCAAGAUCUACGCGACGCUCCCUACCGUGGUGGACAUCAGACUCAACCGAGCCGCUGCAGUGCCCGAAGUUGCUGAGCAGGCGGCUGCCUUGUUUGGCAGCUACGGCAGCAGCCCCGAUGCGUUCCUGGAUGUUGUUUUCGGCACAGAUGGUUGGGGUCCUGAGGGACAUUUGCCAUUCGACCUGCCUUUGUCUCAGGCGGCGGCGGAUGCGGCGAUGGAGGACGUUCAGUAUGAUACUGAGGCUCUGUUCAGGUUUGGACAUGGAUUGAGAUAUAAGGAUACAUGCGCGAGUACAUAG